CUGCCCCGAGCCCCCACGGCGCCCCGCCUCUGCUUUCGCCACAGGAACUCACCGAAGGAGACGGACGCCAGCGCUCCUCCCGGGGCUGCCACCACGGCUGCGGCGGGCGGGCCGGAGGCCGGCCUAACCUGAGCUGACGGGGGGGGGGGGACCGUUCGUUCGGGUUAACUAGCUGGGCGGUUGAGUUAGAUGCUUUAACGCAGUAGCAGCCCCUCUGACAGACUCGUGACUAACCAUCGUAACUGGGAGGGAUGGGACCCUAUGGUCCCUCCUCAACAGGCUCUGUCCCAGUCGCGUGGCGCAGCGUUGGGAUGGCUAGUGACAGCAGGGGCGGUCCCCUCUUUUCCGAAUCAGCGGAGGCGGAAACUUGACACUUCGGAACUGGGAGUGGCUGUCUUCUUCCCCUGGUGCUUAAAAACUUCAGCCUUGAGGCUUCAGCUCAGCUUUCUGCAUCCCAUCUCCCUUCCCGGGUCACCCUGUGAAGACCUCAGCUCCUACUGUGGGGUACUAAUGGCAGCCGAGCCGCUGACCGAACUGGAGGCAGCCAUCGAGACCGUGGUCACCACGUUCUUCACCUUUGCAGGCCUGGAAGGACGGAAAGGCAGCCUGAGCACCAAUGAGUUUAAGGAACUGGUCACCCAGCAGUUGCCCCAUUUGCUAAAGGAUGUAGGCUCUCUAGAUGAGAAGAUGAAGAGCUUGGAUGUGAACCAAGACUCGGAGCUGAAGUUCAAUGAGUACUGGAGACUGAUUGGGGAACUGGCAAAGGAAAUCAGGAAGGAGAAAGCCUUGGAGAUCCGGAAGAAGUAAAGCCUGCAUGUCAGGAUGAAGGAAAUAAGGAAGGAGAAAGCCUUGGAGAUCCAGAAGAAGUAAAGCAUGCGUGUCGGGAUUGGGGCCCAGCAGAGUCAGCUGGGCAGGGCCAGGCAGAACCCCACUCCCUCUAAUAAAGCUUCCUUCUUGAAACACA